AAUAACAGUUUUCACUCUCUGUUCUGACAGUCAUGUACCUGUACCUCCUGGGGCUGGUGGUUUUCUACUACCUGUACCGCUGGGUCAGGGAGCUACCCAGGGUCCCUGACAAGGGCAGCAAGUAUGUGUACAUCACAGGCUGCGACAGUGGCUUUGGCAACCUCCUGGCCCGCCAUCUGGACAAGCAGGGGUUCAGAGUGAUCGCCUCGUGUUUCACAGAGAAGGGAGAAGAGGAUCUGAAGAAGUCCUGCUCCAGCAACCUGAUCACAACACACCUAGAUGUUAGGUCUAAGGACAGUGUUGCCAAAGUUGCAGCGACGAUUAAGGACAAAGUUGGGGAGUGUGGUCUGUGGGCUGUGGUGAACAAUGCAGGCGUGUCCAUUCCCUCUGCUCCCUGUGACUGGCUGACCAUUGAUGACUACAAGCUCAUGCUGGACGUGAACCUGAACGGCGUGAUCGCAGUGACUCUGAGCGUCCUGCCGCUAAUUAAGAAGGCCAGGGGACGGGUGGUCAAUGUAGCCAGUGUGUUUGGGAGGAUCAGUGCGACGGGAGGCCCCUACACUGUCUCUAAAUAUGGUGUAGAGGCUUUCAAUGACAGCCUCAGGUUAAAUAUGCAUCCAUUUGGUGUCAAAGUCCUCUGCAUCGAGCCAGGCUUCUUCAAAACAAACAUGAUUGACGUUGGUAUCCUGGCCAAAAGUGUCAAGAUGUUGUGGGACAGACUGCCCCAGGAGGACAAAGAUGACUAUGGAGCUGAAUAUGUGCAGAAGGCGUUAGCGAUGAUAUCAGACAAAGUUCCCAAGGCCUGUGAUGGAGAUCUGAUGAAGGUGGUCAGCUGUAUGGAGCACGCUGUAUCAGCUGUCCGGCCCCGCACCCGCUACUCCCCCGGGUGGGACGCCAAGCUUUUCUGGCUGCCGCUGUCGUACAUGCCGACAUGUGUCAGUGAUUACAUCAUAAAGAAACAAGCCAUUCCUAUUGCCAAGCAGAUGCAAUAAAUUGUGCUCUUUUGUAUCCACGUGUGCACAUUUUAUACCACUCAAACAAUAUAGACUGGAGGUGUAAUCUUUUUUGUUUGUGACUAAAACCUUAUUGAAAGAGAAUUGUGAUGAUAUGAUAGUGAUUUUCGUGCACAUCUAACUUUUGUAAAACUGCGCAAUAAUAAUAUACAGAUUGGGAAGUUUUAAAAAAAGACAGAGCGGGGAUGUGACCUUGAACAGUGGCUCCCAAUGUUUUUGGUCUGUGACCCUUUAAAGUAAGACAUGUAUUCUCUUCAUGGGUUGCAUUAUGUGUGAGUACAAGGAAAACCGUAACCUAAGAGUUCGGUUUACUUGAAAAUCUUGAUAUAAAACUGAAAUCGACAUAAAUGCGAAUACAUUUUUAUUUGUGUUUAACAUGAAAAAUAUUCUGUUACAAGUAAAUGUCCUGCAUCAAAAAAAGUAUGUAAGUUUAAUUAGGAAAAUGUACUUAAUGUAUUAAAACUCAAUGCUGUCAUGGCUUUGGAUUUGA